AUGGCUGCCGCAAUUAAAGACACCGUCUCCAACCUCAUGGGGAAGAUCUCGGGUCACUCUGAAAAUGCCCUCCGUCAACCUACCCCCGAAGAAUUCGAACAACUCCAGAAGAAGUACGUCGACGCCGGACAAGGCCAGGUGUUCGCCUUCGUCAAUGAACUGAGUGCCGCCGAGAAGACCGAGCUCUUCCAUCAGCUGAAUAACUUCGACCCCCUCCGCAUCAACGAACUCGCCGAUAAAGCCCUCAACCCCGCCAAAGCUGAGGAAGGCCCCGUCUCGCUCGAGCCCCUCCCCGAGGUGGCCACCGCCUCGAUCUUGGAUUCCGACCCGAAGGAACUGCAACAAUGGUACGAUGAGGGUCUCCAGUUGGUCGCACAGAACAAGGUCGCCGUCGUCCUGAUGGCCGGUGGCCAAGGAACCCGUCUGGGAAGCUCUGCCCCCAAGGGCUGCUUCGAUAUCGGUCUCCCCAGCCACAAGUCUCUCUUCCAGAUCCAGGCCGAGCGCAUUGCCAAGCUCCAGCUUCUGGCGAAGAAUGGCCCGACUCGCAAGCCUACGGAGGAGUUCUUCCAACAGCACAACUACUUUGGAUUGCAGCCGAGCAAUGUGUUUAUCUUCGAGCAGGGCGUUCUGCCUUGCAUCUCGAACGAGGGCAAGAUCCUGAUGGAGAGCAAGGCCAAGGCGGCGGUGGCCCCCGAUGGCAACGGUGGUAUCUACCAGGCCCUCCUGACCUCGGGUGUGAGGGAGGAUAUGCGGAAGCGCGGUAUUGAGCACAUCCACACCUACUGCGUGGAUAACUGCCUGGUCAAGGUGGCCGACCCGGUCUUCAUUGGAUUCGCGGCCUCGAAGAACGUGGACAUCGCCACCAAGGUGGUGCGCAAGCGGAACGCGACCGAGUCCGUGGGUCUGAUCCUGCAGAAGAACGGCAAGCCCGGUGUGGUCGAGUACUCGGAAAUUGACAAGGAGACGGCCGAGGCCAAGGACCCCAAGCAGCCGGACGUGUUGAAGUUCCGCGCCGCCAACAUCGUCAACCACUACUACUCGUUCCGGUUCUUCGAGUCGAUCGAGACCUGGGCCCAUCAGCUGCCGCACCACGUUGCGCGCAAGAAGAUCCCCUGCAUCAAGCCCGAGACCGGCGAGGCGUUCAAGCCCGAGAAGCCCAACGGCAUCAAGCUGGAGCAGUUUGUGUUCGACGUCUUCCCCAUGAUUCCCCUGGAGAAGUUUGCCUCUAUCGAGGUGCGUCGUGAGGACGAGUUCUCGCCGCUGAAGAACGCCAAGGGCACGGGCGAGGACGACCAGGACACCAGCAAGCGGGACAUUAUGAACCAGGGCCAGCGGUGGAUUGAGGCUGCGGGUGGCGUGGUUGUCACCGAGGAUGAGGCGGUUGGCGUUGAAGUGUCGCCGUUGAUCAGCUACGGCGGAGAAGGUCUGGAGUUCCUGAAGGGCCGGGAGAUCAAGGCGCCGGCGGUGAUUGAGAAGGAAGAGUAA